GAAUAGGAGUCACAUCUCUUAUGUAGGAGGUACCAGCAGGAGCCGCCUAGUAGGGCCCUUCCUCUGUGGCGCUAGAGAGAGAAGAUGGCUCCCGUUUUGGACAAGCAGCUCCCGACCGACAACGGUGCGGAGGACGAAGAAGGACAGAGUCUCUGGUCUGAAAUACUGAGCGACGUCUCAACUCGUUCUAGUUCAAAGUUGCCAUCAGGAAAAAACAUACUGGUGUUUGGUGAGGAUGGAUCCGGUAAAACAUCGCUCAUGUCCAAACUCCAAGGAGGCGAUUACAACAAGAAAGGUCGUGGUUUGGAAUAUCUUUAUUUAAACGUCCAUGACGAAGACCGAGACGACCCGACUCGGUGUAAUGUGUGGAUCCUGGAUGGGGAUCUGUACCACAAGGGUCUGCUGAAGUUUGCCGUGACAGCCCAGACACUAGCAAACAGCCUGGCCUUGUUCGUGGUGGACAUGUCCCGGCCCUGGAGCAUCAUGGAGUCUUUGCAGAAGUGGGCAAGUGUCCUGCGAGACCACGUGGACAAGCUGAAGAUAUCGCCUGAGCACAUGAGGGAGCUGGAGCAGAAGAUGAUGAAGGCCUUCCAGGACUACGCGGAGCCAGAGGAUGUUAACCAGGCGUCAUCCCAGAGACGAGCCCAACCAGGGUCCGAUGGAGAGGACGUUGUGCUACCGCUAGGAGAGAACACGCUUACACACAACCUGGGAAUCCCUGUGCUAAUAGUUUGCUCAAAGUGUGAUGCUGUGGCCGUGCUGGAGAAGGAGCACGACUACAGGGAGGAGCACUUUGACUUCCUCCAGUCUCACAUCCGGAGGUUCUGCUUAAACUACGGUGCCGGACUCAUCUACACCUCGGUUAAAGAGGAGAAGAACCUGGACUUGCUCCAUAAAUACAUCCUCCACAAGAUCUACGAAUUCCAGUUCUCCAGCCCCGCCCUGGUGGUGGAGAAGGACGCCGUGUUCAUUCCCGCCGGGUGGGACAACGAGAAGAAGAUAGGGAUUCUGCACGAGAACUUUACGACAGUCCGACCCGAGGAUCCCUUCGAAGGCUUCAUCAUUAAGCCUCCGGUUCGAAAGCUAGUCCACGACAAGGAGAUAAACGCUGAAGACGAACAAGUGUUCCUGAUGAAGCAGCAGUCUCUUCUAGCAAAACAACCAGCCACACCGACACGUGGAGCCAAUGAGUCCCCGGGGCGGACGUCGUCCUCUUCCCCCAGGCCUACGGUUCGGUCUGGGCAGCCCAGCAGCAAUAGUGGAUCCCCCAUGACUAACGUUAAAAAGCCUGAUCCAAACAUGAAGGUAGGGGCCGCUGCCAACGAAGGAGUGCUGGCUAACUUCUUCAACAGCCUGCUGAGUAAGAAGACGGGGUCCCCAGGGAGCCCCGGUGGGGGGUCCCCAGGGAGCCCCGGUGGGGGGUCCCCAGGGAGCCCCGGUGGGGGGGCCCCAGCCGCCGGGGCAGGAGUUCAGGGCUCUGCCAAAAAAACAGGGCAGAAGCCGGGUUUGACUGACGUGCAGGCGGAACUGGACAGGAUGACCCGCAAGCCAGAGACCAUGGUUACCGUCAACAACGUCCCACCUCCCACGGAGAACCAGGCGUGAAGGCACACUUGCGCAGCCGCUGCAAUUUCCCUCUGCAUUUAUUCUCAUAUACACCAUAGCAUAAACACAAACUGCUGCACACCACUAAAUGCCCCCCCCUCCCCCCCAAGUCACAACAUGCUACUCUCACCAAGAGGAUCUUCAGAUGCUGUUAUCCUGGGUGACUGUAGAGAGAGAUGUUUACAGAGAUGGAGAGAGAGGCAGAGAUAUGGAAAGAGAAAUACAGAGAUGCUGAGGUGAAAAGAAGGUCUAGGGAGAAAGAGAAUGGCUAGGUUGAAAGAGAUUGAGACAUUCUUGGCAUAGAGUGAUGGUUUCAAGUAUUUUCGUGACUAACUGACGAGUGAUGAAGUGAUGCACAGGGUACCGUCAGCUGCGAUACCACCGCCUCCCCCAAACCUGGUUGCAACCCCCUUUACCUGGGCCUCUACCCCUUCCCCCUGCUCGCUUAAAGCCUGAAACCAACAGCUUCCUUGUUCUAGGGUCGCAUCUAGGAAGGAACUUCAAUGAGUUGUAAUUUGAAAGAUAUUAAAACUUGAAAUAUAUUCUCCUAGAAAAAUUAUUACAAGUAAUUCCCAGGCGUAUAUAGUGGGGGAUAUAUUAAAUAUACUGAUUGUAUUUAUACAAAGGUUCCAUAUUUUAUUGUAUUCCACACUAAGGGUUCAGGAAUCACAUAGGUCCAUUGUAGCAUGUGGACUACACUACUAAGGAGAAGAAGUGAUUGCACGCUAUAGAAGUGAUGGCAAAUGUCUACACCCAACAUGUAGGAUCUGUAAAUUACAUGACAACCCUGUUCUCAAACGUUGGCUUGACUUUGUAUAAAAUGCAACUCUUGAUCCAAAUGAUGAAGAUGAGGUCUUUUUGACGACACAAGACUGUUAAAAUAGCAACUGCAGCGCUUAUCUUGGCUACAGGCGAGCAAGCGUAUGUUUGACUUAGUCUGUGUUUUGAAUGUGUGUGAGUGUAUUUGUGAGUUGGGGCAGUAUCUUUUCUUAAAGAGACCUCCUAAGUGCCUGGCACACUGAGCAGGUUGUGUCCUCAUACAGGGUAUGCACUGUAGCACCAGUGGCUUAUGAAUUUCCCUCUUUCAUUAUUUUUAUUUUCUCCAUUUCUCGUCCAACUAAUUUAUUUGAUUAUUUUGCAUUAACUUUAUGUAUGCGGUAAUAAGCCUUUGGUCUCUGACCAAUAGAAAAAGGUUCAAGUGUACGUUGCUUGGUUCAAGUAGGUGAUGCAGCAAUAUUUGCCUUUAUUAUAAACUAACGAUUGUGGUCUUGACUGUAAGGUUAUCAGGCUGCUAUUGGUCUGGCUUAGACUACGAGCUGUAAUGCAUUUUGUUCCCCUUGAUUUUCAUUUACUGUGGUGGUUUUUAUACCACUUACUUUGUGGCAAAAGCAAAGUGAAAUUGACUUAGUAUAGUUGAGCAAAGCUCUUGCCCAUGAAAUGUCUGCCGGAUGGUGUGUGAAGUGUCCAAACUAUCCUUUAAACAUUCCCUUUCUCUACAGGAUGAACAGCUUCUUUCAUAUGGGAAUCCUGUUAAGCAUUUAUGGGUUAUUUUAUUGUCUUUGCUUCUCUAGUUCCCCCCUUAUUUUGUACCAAUUUUUCUGCCAAAAUUGUACCUUUAUUGCUCCAGGCUUCUUGAGUAAGCAGUUAACCAGCCUUUUGUUUCCUGUACCCUACGCUCCAAACCUGAGUCCUGUUUUAGAAGCUUGACAAAAUGAAUAAACCGGCAACUUGUGCCUCGGGCUGAUUAGGCCUUUAAAGUCCUUUUUACGGUUGCUUAUUAGUUAUUUCAUAUAAAUCAAUGUGUAUAUAAUCAGUAUUUACCUGUAAAAUAUCAAUUAUCUGUAAUAUUGCAAUACCAAUUGAAUUUUUUUUCAAUUGCCAGUGCAAGGCCCGACUCGUGAUAUUACUAGGCCUGGGGGAGGGGAAAUAACUUACUUUCCAUUCAGAACCGAAGAAUAAACUGGAAAACGAGUUGACUGAGAAACACAUGACUUUCUUCAUCCCAACAUGAUCAUCACAGCAGACAUUUUUAUUUUCCACGUUGAGAAACCAUUCCGAACAUUUCCUGUUGAAACACUUGACUUAACCCGUUUUGUGUUUCAACAGGUUAUAUGUUCAAGUAGAACUGAUUUAAAUGAUAUGCUUUCUUAUCUGUGUUUACGGUUUAAAGGAAAAAUGGGUCUGGGUCUUGUGUACCUGGUUUUUGUUUUUGUUUAUUUUGCAGUGCAAGGGAAUAACCACAAGAUCUUGUUGGUCAGCCACAUAAUGCUAUAAUCAGAUCUGUUGUUUUCACGUCCAAUUUCUUCAUGAAUAACUCCACGAAGGGGUUUAAAAGCACAUAAUGGUUGUAUUUGAUUGUUAUCAGCCUGAAUAUGCACGUUAGCCCUCCUGCUUUGCCUCUAAAUAUACUAUACUAACAUCAAUCCAAUUAGUAGAUUGUCUUUGCAACAAACUAAAUAUUCUACAUUAACUGUUUAAAAUAUUGUAAUAUAGCCUUGGUUAACUUAUCCAUAAUGACUGCACAGGCAACAGGGAAUGGUGAAUAAUUUGUAUAAAUAUUUUUUUGGGUUUUAAUCAGGAAAGUACAUUACUCCAGCUGCGUUUGACUACAUAUUUUUCAGCAUGUUUUUUUGGAAAAGUACUAUAUAAACCAAACCCCAUAUGUUAACCAAGUCCUUAAGGAGUUUGAUUUUUUUAGUUUUUGGCCGAUUUUUAUCCCCCUGAUACCAUAAUGAACCAAACUUUUCAACAUGCCUUAACCAUUAUCGAGUUGUUCUACGGUUAGGGAGAAAUUGGACGUUUUGACCUUUUGAGUGAUCCGAGGAAUGGGUUUCCAAGCUGCUUGCGAACCUGCUUGAUUUCACAUGAUGUUUGUGUGAAAUAAAAUUGCUAUUCUGCAUCUUAAACGCAGCAACGUGACCUUAACUGUUGAUUGCAGCGUACACCCUCUGGAGGUGUGUGUGUGUGUGUCGUUUUUAUUUUAGCGUUGAGUAGCAGCUAUGUGAAACCUCUAGCUUCAUGUGCCGACCAGGAUAAAGAACCUGUCUGUCUGCCCCCGCUUUAAUAAAAAACAAUACCUGAAAU